CACGCACACGACUAAACAUAUCUACGUAUAUAAAAUUCAUUUUUCAGACAUAAAAUGUCUUUGAAUCCGAAAUCACAUUCAAAGAACAUGGCACCCAUUACAUUUCUCUCUCUCUUUCUCCUCAUCUCCGUCGCCGUUCAAGUCGCCGGACAAACAUCUCCAGUCGCCGAAGCUCCGGCUCCCGCAUCCGACGACUGCAACGGCAUAUUCCUACAGUACGUGUUCACUUCCGGAUCCAAAAUCAAACCCUCCGACCCUAAAAAUCAACCCUACAAGUUUCAGUCCAUUUUAAGCAUAACAAACAACGGGCUUGACGAACUAAAGUUAUGGAGAGUCUUUGUUGGGUUUCAACACGAUGAGCUUUUGGUCUCAGCUUCUAAUGUUGUUCUUGCUGAUGGCUCUUCUUUACCUGCUAAAGUUGGUAAUGGUACUGUCUUUGCUGGGUUUCCGAAUGCGGAUCUUAAGACUGCUAUUGAAACUGCUGGAGAUGCUACGCAAACGAGUGUGCAGGUUCAGAUUACGGGUACCCAGUUUGGAGUUGGGUCUCCCAAUGUCCCUAUGCCGUCGAAUAUUUCUUUGGUCAAUGAUGGGUUUAUUUGCCCUAAACCCUCUAUCCAAGGAAAGAGUGUUAUGCAAGUAUGCUGCGCUAAAGACCCAAAAUUCAAGACAAAUCUGACAUUGGAUGAGGAAUUCAGUCCACGGAAAGAUGGGGAUCUUACAAUUAUGUACGAUAUCCUAAGAACAUAUGAUUCAAAUUACUGGGCACAGGUUAAGAUUGCAAACCAUAACCCCCUCGGCCGCCUUGAUAACUGGAGACUAAGUUGGGACUGGAUGAAGGAUGAGUUUAUCUGGGAAAUGAAGGGUGCUUACCCCUCUGUUGUUGAUACUUCUGACUGCGUUUUCGGGCCACAGGGAAAAUUUUAUCAGAGCCUUGACUUCUCCAAUGGAUUGAACUGUGAGAGAAGGCCAACAAUAAUUGAUCUGCCUCUGGAAAAGACCAAUGACACAAAGCUGGGGAUGAUACCUUUCUGUUGCCGAAAUGGGACGAUCUUGCCACCUGCCAUGGACCCAAGCAAGUCUGCUUCAGCAUUCCAGAUAAACGUCUUUAAAAUGCCUCCGGAUCUCAAUCGCUCCUCGUUCACUCCUCCUCAGAAUUGGAAGAUUGAAGGCAGACUGAAUCCAGAUUAUAAAUGUGGACCUCCAGUCCGUGUAAGCCCCAGCCAGUUUCCU